UUACAUCAGUUCAAGGUUACUAGAAUCUAUUCUAAAUACCUAUUCUAGUAACCUUGAAUCAGUUCAUGGAAGAUAGUCUCUCUUCUCCAUGCAUCAGUUAAAGCAUUGAGUCAUUGAGUGUCCCACCCCCUGACCUCAGAGUUCUGAGCCAUACAUUACAAAGCGACAAUAAAAGUUUCAAAAACACAGUGAUUUAUCUAACACAAUUAAAGGAAAAAGAAAAAGAAAAACAUAUUCAACAACAAAUUUCAAAUUAAAAAUAUUAUCAAUCUAUAACAGAUACUGGCACAUGGCACUCGAGGGCCGUUAGCCAACCACAGAAUAAAAAAAAACAGAAGCGAAAAAGAGGCAAACUGAAUUAUUCGAUCGUAAAGCACACUCUAAUGCUGCGCUUUAACAGUCGUGCAAAAUUUUUAGUCACAGCCGAAAAUCACGUGUAGUUUUUUUUAUAUUUAAUAAAAUUUAAUUGAAAAUACUGUGUCUACUAAAUUUAACGCCGGGUAGUGAAAAGAGAAAUAAAAUCAUCUUGUUAUUACAAAAAUUAAGAUUGACACAAUGGCUGAAGUCGAUAAUAAAAAUAAACGUUUAGGAUAUGAUCAAGUACGAGAUAGAAUACUUGCGGGUGAGAUGGACGUAAAUACCCAAUAUUCAGGAAUCUCCGAUUUUGACCCUCCAAUUCUUGAAAUCGCAAUUAAUAAACAUGACACCGAAUUAAUCGACUAUCUUCUUCAGCAUAACGUCGAUGUGAAUAGAAACGUAAAAUUCCGUAAGCAAGCAAUUUAUUUAGCAGUCGACUCUGACGACAUUGAGUUGUCUCAGAAAUUACUAAAUGCAGGCGCUGUUUGUCCUCCCGUAGGAGAGGACUACGGAGAAAGAUUCGAUGCUAAUAGACUGUUACAACUAGCUUCUAGUAAAGAAAUGGUCAACUUAUUAUUAGAAAGACUCGAUGAAUAUCUCGAUGAAAGAAGCAAAGAUUUUGGGACUGAAUUUGAUUAUAAUGAUCCUGAAUAUAAUGAUCCAUAUGAUCCGUGGUGUUCAAUAUUUACUGCUGCUAGGCAAAAGAAGAUAGAAACAUUUAAAGAAUUGAUAUCACGAAAUUGUAAUGAUUAUUCUGAAUUUUUUUUCGAAUGGACUACUGGUAAUAUGAGUUAUGAAAUUGUUGAGUUUUUUAUUGAUAAUGGCCCUUAUUCUAUUGAAGAUUUAAUGAAAGCUUUAUAUCUCGCUAUUAAUUGUGAAUUUAUACCGAAAGUUGAAUUAUUGAUAAGAAAAGGAGCUGAUGCAAAUGCAAGUCCGUUGAGAGUAAAAGAAGCUCUUGAAAUUGCUUGUGAUACGAAGAAUAUUGAAAUCAUUGAGAUAUUGAUUGCUGCUGGCUUUGAUGCAACCAAAACAUUCGAUAUUAAUAACUCACUUCAUAUUGCAAUUAUUCAGAAUAAUUACGGAAAAAUAAAAAAUUUAAUUGAGAAUGGAGUUGAUAUUUAUGACACUUCAUACUUUAAAAAAACGCCAUUAGUUUUAGCCGUUGAAAAAAAUAAUAAACCAGUGGUUGAAUUAUUACUUAAAUACGGCACUAAACCUGAACAAGCAGCGAUUUUUGAGGCAAUUAAGAAUAGUAAUUCAGAGUUAGUUAAAAUAUUAAUCGAUGCAGGUGUUUAUAUUUCUCAGAGCGCUUUGCUAAGAGUAAUGGAGAAAGUUAUUUAUACAAAUUGGUCAUUAAAAUUGCGCGCUUGUCGAAAACACGAAGAAUUCAUCAAGUUAUUGAUCAAGAAUGGCGCGGAUGUGAAUUAUAAGUACCAAUUUAGGGGCUCAGCUUUAGACAUUGCUUGUAAACAUAAUGAUCUUGAAGUAGUAAAAAUAUUAGCAGAAGCUGGUGCCAAUGUUCAUAUAUCAUUAAAUGAAUAUUACUUAAUAGAAUUAGCUAUUAAUCACAACAAUUACCAAUUGGCUGAGUACUUAGUCAAUCAUUGUACUGGUGCUAACAUUACUUGCGACUAUUCAGCGGCAUUAAUAUACGCUGUUCAAAAAAACAGGAAAGAAAUAGUGGAAUUAUUGAUUAAAAAUGGUGCCAAUAUUAAUUACAUGCCAUUAUAUAAAUUUUCGGCUCUUCGCUACAGUAUUAAAAACUGUGCGUCUGAAAUAACGGAAAUUUUAGUAAAAGCUGGUGCUAAUGUAAAUAUUAAUUUGAGAAAUAAUACACCGUUGAUUGAAGCUAUCAAAAUGCCGGACUACAAAAUGACUCAAUAUUUGAUAGAACAUGGCGCAGAUGUAGAUGCCAGUAUUAAUAAGGUUGGGUCAUUAUUAAAUUGGGAUUUUCGUCGAUCUGGAUCAGCAGUUAUUAAUCUCGCGCUGGAUGUUGGUGCUGAUGUUAAUGUCGUUAACGAAAAUGGCGAGACGGCAAUUGAUAUUUUCUCAAAUACUGAAAACUCCCAGACAUUAAUCGAACAUACUAUUAAAUUAAAAGCUGCUAAUUUAUAUCUGAUAGAUGAAAAUCUAGAUGCUGUGAAAGGUAAUCAGUUUAACGAUUUUUAUUCCAAGUGCUUGGAUGAAGUUGAAUUUAUGAAGACACAAUGGUAUGUUGGAAAAAUUAGUUUUUAUGAUAUUUUACACUCGAGUGUGAAUGAAAUCUCUCGAAAUAUUAAAUACAUCAGUAAAGAUGACAUUAUUUUUGAUAAAAAUGCAUUAUGUAGUAAAUUUAAACUGUAUGGUGGAAUUAUUUACUAUCGUGUAUUAAAUGCUGAGCAACGUAAGGAGUAGUUGGUUCGUGCUGACAAAAUAGUAUCUGAUUUGUUUGGUGAUUUACUACCAGAUAUUUUUAGACAAGAUGUUUUGGGCUGUUUGAAUUAUGAGGAUCUUAAAAUUUUAAUAAAUCAAAAUUAAUAAUUAAGGUUAAAAAUAAAAUUUUUUAGUACCAAUUAUGUGUCAUAUUUUUUAUUAUUA